AUGAUCGCAACAGGUGGAUUGCUGAGAAUCAACGCACGCCGACAGGACUCGCUAUCCAGACCACAUAAACCACACACACAGAAGAAGAAGAAGAAGAAGAGGAGGAGCGAGGUAGUGGUGGUAAAGGGGAAGCUGAAGUUGUGUUCAGUCUCGGGUCUCGUGGCUGCACUUGGCAUUCUGGUUCUGGUUGUGGGUGUGGUCAUGGCGGCUCUGGGCUAUUGGCCUCGUGAUGGAUUAUUCUUCAGCUCUCAGCCACAGGAGGGCACCGCCAUGGCUUCUGUCUCCUCAGACACCCCAACAACUGCACCUGCUGAUGCCCAAGGAGAAGUGAGAGAAGGUGUACUGAAAUCAGAUGACGUGGGGACUAAUGGAGGAAGCGAUGAUGGUUUUAACCAGACAGAAACCAUAAAUGGGACAACCAGACAUCUUCCACAAGGUUUUCUACAGGACUUUCUGGACAGGUAUUUGUACUCUGAUAGACUGAAGGUUUUUGGCCCACUCAUCAUGGGGAUUGGCAUUUUCCUCUUCAUCUGUGCUAAUGCUGUUCUGCAUGAAAACCGUGACAAGAAGACAAAAGUUAUAAACCUGAGGGACAUUUAUUCCACUGUUAUCGACCUCCACAGCCUCCGGAAACCCAACACUUCCUCCUGCUGCUCAGCCAAUCCCCCCAACAGCAUCGUUAACUAUAUCCAAUCAAAGAGCCUGGAGGCCAAACCCAGGGCAUACCCUGACUCCCUAAAAAACAGAAAGGGGGGAGGAGAAGGUGUGGGAGACAGUGGAGUGGGAGGUGGGCUGUUAACCAUGCAACCUGGCAGCAGUAAAGGAGCAGGGGAAUGUUGGGGCAAUGAUGGAGGAGGACACACAGUCUUCAGUAUAUACCAGGAACAAAAAGAUGCUCCUCCUCCCUCCUCCUCACAGAGAUUUUCCCUCCCCCAAAGUUUCAGCCCCACCCACCUCUCCACCUGCUGGACCACAAAGAAUAUGCUAAGCUCUUUCACCUUACCACUGCGCCGCCCAAAACCCCCUGCCCCGCAGAGAAGGCACUCCGCACGAGCCAGGACCAACCAGGGCUGGAGAGGGGACAAAGGAGAAGAGGAACAACAGAGGAGGGACAGAGGAGAUGACAAACCAGGGGAGGAGGGUUAUGUAUGCCCACCACCUCCUCAGCGCUACUCUAGUCCCCCCCCAAACAGACCCCUCCAGGAUUCAUUAACAACUUCUUGCAGCUCCUCCGGCCUCUACAAGGAAGCACCAGGAGGCUCCCAGGCCCUGCUCCUCCUUUCCUCUUCCUCUCUCACCCCCUCCCACUUGUCUCUCUCCUCAUUUUCGUCCACACCACUGCCGCCUUGCAGGAGGCACAGCCUGUCGACCAGCAGCAUCAUCACAGGUUAUAGCAAAUUAAAACACAGAGACAACGAUUCAUGUUCCCCAUCAUCACACAAAGUGAUAUCACAGGGUAGGCAUCAAAUGUCAGAAGAAGUGACAUCACAAAGAAAGUACUCUAACAAGGAGAAGUUGAGGAUGAUCUCACAGAAGUAUUCUGGUCUGACGCAGAAGAAAGACCAAUCAGGACUUGACUCAGAGAUUGACAGCACAACUCAGUAUUUGACCGAGAAACAUUAG